AUAGCUUUGCAUUCAUAUCUCUCUCUCUCUCUCUCCCUCCCCCCUCCCUCUCUCCCUUAUGUAGGCCUUCCUCCCCCAAACUCAUUGCAUCUCUCUCUCUCUCUCUCUCUCUCUCUCUCAUCUCUCUCCCUCUCUCUCUCCACACCAAGGAAAGGAAUGAUGGUGCAACAAAGAGAUGACUUGGGCUUGAGUCUGAGCUUGAGCCUCCCAGGGCCUUCACAAAACACCAACAAGAUCUCCGAUCAUAAUCAGAUGGCUUAUGCUACAAAACCACUGGAGUUAAAUCUGAUGCCUUCUCAACCCUUGAAUCUCCUUCCCAACACCACCACUUGGACCCAUCCUGCUUCAUAUGAUCGAAAAAUGGAGGCAUGCAGAGUGGACAGAAGAUCGUUCCUGACCGGAAUAGAUGUUAACCGGGCACCGGCGGCAACGGUGGAGAUGGAGGAAGAGAACGGCAUGUCAUCGCCGAACAGCACAAUAUCUAGUUUGAGUGGUAAUAAAAGGAGUCUUGUUAAUGAGAAAUCUGAGCUGGCUAAUGGGGAUGAACUUCUAGAAUUUUCGAGAAGUGAUGAUGAAGAUGGAGACAAUUCGAGGAAGAAGCUGAGGUUAACGAAAGAGCAGUCUGCUAUUCUUGAGGAGAGCUUCAAAGAACACAACACUCUGAACCCUAAGCAAAAGAUUGCUUUGGCUAAGCGACUAGGACUGAGACCUCGGCAAGUGGAGGUUUGGUUUCAGAACAGAAGGGCAAGGACAAAAUUGAAGCAAACGGAAGUUGACUGCGAGUUUCUAAAACGAUGUUGCCAGUCUUUAACAGAGGAAAACAGGAAGUUGCAGAAGGAAGUGCAAGAACUAAGGGCACUGAAAUCUUCCCCUCAGUUCUACAUGCAAAUGACCCCUCCUACUACCCUCACCAUGUGCCCUUCAUGCGAGCGCGUUGGUGGCCCACAAUCAGCUACCACAUCAUCCCUGGCGCCAUCAGUAACAACGGCUGAGCCUCUUCGAUCCUAUCCAAUGAGUACUAAUCACCAUCGUCUCCCUUUCAACCCAUGGGCAUCGUCUCAUAGGCCAUUGGACGACGUCCAUCCUCGGACGUAAAAAUGAGUUGGCUUAAAGGGCUCUGCUGACAAUCUACUCGGAAUGCAGUGUUGAAUGAAUCAGGGGCCAUUGCUGUCAUUUGAGUAUCUGUUUAACCUAAUGGAAUAUGCAAACGAAGUUAGAAUCUUACUUAAAGAGUCUCAUGUGUACAUAUUUCUAGCUAUAAGGUCUAAAGAUUUAGUUGUUGCUCCAUAAAUUGUGUUAAAUUAGCAAACCAUCCUUCUUCUCAGUGACUUUAAUGUAGUUUUUUUCAAUUCUAGUCUUUACUAAUUGUCCUUGAUAGAUCAAGAGCAGAUCUUUUGAAAGUUGGAGAAGAGAUGUUUCUCUGUAAAUUGUUCUAUAUAAAAAAUAGUUUCUACCA